AUGGCAGCCCCAAACGAACGUCGGGAUAUUGUUAUCGUUGGUGGUGGUAUCAUCGGAUGUUGCUCAGCGUAUUAUUUGACAAGACAUCCUUCUUUUGAUCCUUCCCGACACUCAGUGACCCUCAUAGAAGCAACAGAGAUUGCAGGAGGGGCUUCGGGCAAAGCAGGCGGUCUUUUAGCAUUAUGGGCAUACCCAAGCAACAUUGUACCAUUGAGCUACAAAUUGCACGCGGAGCUUGCUAGGGAGCACAAUGGAAAGGAAAAGUGGGGAUAUAGAGAGGUGAACUGUGGCCAGCUUAUCGCCAGAGGUCGCCCGCUCAGCGAGAAGAGAAAGGUGGGCGAGAGUGAGGGUGUGAGCUCAGUAUCCUUACAAAAACGGAGUGCAGCUGCACUGAGUAAAUUGAAAACCGCAAGGGUACCCGGUGAUCUUGACUGGCUUGAACCAGAGGGUGUUAGAGGCUACGAAAGCAUGAGUGAUCCGGGGGAGACCGCGCAAGUCCACCCAUACCUCUUCACUACGUCCAUCGCAAAGCUCGCUGAGGAGAAAGGCGCAGAGAUUACGCUUGGAUCCGUCACAAACAUCGAUUACUCUGGGGAUUCCGUCAAGUCAGUCACAUACACGAGGAAGGAGAACGGCGAAUCACAGACAAUCCCUGCAACUGAUGUUGUUAUCGCUGCCGGUCCGUGGACGAGAUCGGUUUUGCCGGAUGCCCCGAUAUCAGCAACGCGUGCUCAUAGUGUCGUGAUCCGGCCUACAAGGCCAGUCAGUGGAUAUACCCUUUUCACGAAUAUAGAGAUACCGGCCAAUUUCGACCCGUCGAAGUCCUCACGUCCGACGGUCGCCUCGCCAGAAAUCUAUGCUCGCCCUGACGACACAGUCUAUUGUUGUGGAGAGGGUGAUCAUACUGUUCCCCUUCCGAAGACAACUGCAGACGUCGAGGUAGACCAAGAGCGGUGCCAGGAUAUCAUCAACCAGGUGGGCAGCGUCUCUGAUGAGCUACGUGAUGGACAAGUCUGUGCGCGUCAAGCCUGCUACCUACCUAAUGUAACUGCUGCACGUGGUGGGCCAUUGGUAGGCCAUGCUGGAACCAAGGGACUAUACCUUGCGGCUGGGCACACUUGCUGGGGCAUCCAGAAUGCACCAGGCACAGGAAAGCUUAUCAGCGAGUUUGUGUUCGAUGGCGCAGCAAGAGUGCGAAGAUCGGAUCGCUUGAUCCAAGGAACUAUCUCUAGACUAAAGGAUUCUAAGGAGGCUGCGCGAGCCAACAACCAGUCGCUAUUAUGGGGUCCCUAUAAGCCUAACCUCUACUUUGGCGUUCGCCCUCGGAUUCCAAAUAGUCUGUCCGCGGGGUUGAUGUGGGCGAAAGUAGAUGAUUACGCCACGGCUCAGUCCAACUUCAGGCACACCUGCGAACAGAAUGAAGGGAUGGCAGGUUAUGGAUGGGACGAGUACGAUAUUCGGAAGGGCGGGCGCCAAACAAUUCACGACGCUGGAAACUCCCUGGAUCUGACAAUUGACUUUAUCAAGGUCCCUGGCGGACAGCAUGGAGGAAGCUGGGCUGCCCGAGUAAAAGGUGUCCCGCGGGACGAUGCACCCCCGGACCAGCCUACAACAGUUGUCUUCUACAGUGCUCUGGAGGGGCUUGGCAACCUGGGACUUCACACCAAGUCUGACGACUCGCGUGGUUUUGAGGGAGAUGUGAAGCUGGCUGGUUAUACCUCAGAUCUUGGUGACUUUACAAUUGAUGUGACUGAGGGCCCUAAGACCAACGAGUAUCCGGAACAUGAACACCCAAGCUAUGAGGACAAGCCAUUGGACCGUACCUUGGUGUCCAGUUUGACUAUACCCCCGGAGCACGCGUGGCAGACGAAAGUGAUCCUGUUCUCGCAGAUGAAGGAGGGUGUAAGCGAAACUAUCGAGAAGUAUGGAGCGGAAAACCCUCCGCCCCCAUCGCAAGUCUUCACCAUCAAGAAUGCGCCAGGGGAUGGUAAUGUUCAGCUUGUGCAGAAGGUUUUUAAAGGGGCCUUUGAGUUUGAUAUCCUAUUCUCGUCUGGGUCCUCGCCCAAACCUGUGACAUCCAGCCUUCUUACCCAAGAAAUCACAAGUGCUUCGGUAGCUUUUGCUGAGCGCUUCGACAAGAUACUCCCCCCGCAGUCUCCCUUUGAUUCCGAUGAAUACACGGAAUUCUCCAAGUCAAUGCUUUCCAAUCUCGUUGGUGGCAUAGGCUACUUCCACGGUACCGAUAUUGUUGACCGCUCGGCAGCGCCAGAGUACGAUGAGGAGAAUGAAGGCUUCUGGGAAGAAACAGCGGAGGCAAGGGCAAGGGCUCAACCUGUCCUUGAAGGCCCAAAGGAUCUCUUUACCUGUGUCCCCUCUCGGCCUUUCUUCCCCAGAGGAUUUCUCUGGGACGAGGGUUUCCACCUGAUUCCGGUCGUUGAAUGGGAUACAGAUCUUGCGCUUGAAAUCGUGAAGAGUUGGUUAAGCUUAAUGGACGAAGAUGGGUGGAUUGCUCGGGAGCAAAUCCUGGGCGCUGAGGCGCGCAGCAAAGUUCCACCUGAGUUUACCGUCCAGUACCCUCACUACGCCAAUCCCCCAACCCUUUUCAUUAUUCUGGAAGCGUUCCUCGAUAAGUUAGAUGCCAACAAAAAUAUCUCAGUCGAACAAUCUUCUGAAGAUAUCGCAGAGCGCCUUCGUUCUGCCUAUGUGCAACAACCGGAGUUGGGUGAAGCUUAUAUUCGCUCAAUCUAUCCACUACUGAAGAAACAUUAUUUCUGGUAUAGAAACACUCAGAAGGGCGAUAUUAAGUCCUACGACCGAGAGGCCUUUUCCACCAAGGAGGCGUACCGCUGGCGGGGCCGGUCUGUCCAGCACAUCCUAACAUCUGGGUUGGACGAUUAUCCUCGGGCACAGCCCCCACACCCCGGCGAGCUACACGUGGAUUUGAUCAGUUGGAUGGGGAUGAUGACUCGCUCUCUCCGACGCAUUGCUGAAAGGUUGGGGGAGACCGAAGACGCUGAAGAAUUCAAGUACUAUGAAACUGCAAUUGGACGGAAUGUCGACGACCUUCAUUGGGACGAACAGGCGCAGACAUAUUGCGAUGCGACUAUUGACGAGUAUGAGGAAAGUGUUCACGUCUGCCACAAGGGAUACAUUUCCAUCUUCCCCUUCCUCACGGGCAUGGUGAGCCCCGAUAGCCCUCGGCUAAAGGCCAUCUUGGACUUGAUCAGCGACCCAGAAGAGCUCUGGAGCGAUUUUGGUAUUCGCAGUCUAAGCAAGAAGGAUGAGUUCUACGGGACUGCUGAGAAUUAUUGGAGGAGUCCUGUAUGGAUCAACAUCAAUUAUCUGGUGUUUAAGAACCUUUAUGACGUCGCGACCACUCCUGGUCCACACCAAGAACAGGCCCGUGAAAUGUACUCCAAGCUGCGGAAGAACGUAGUUGAGAAUGUUUUCAAGGAAUGGAAGAAGACUGGGUUUGCUUGGGAACAGUAUAACCCAGAAACAGGCAAGGGACAGCGGACGCAGCAUUUCACUGGGUGGACUAGUAUGGUGGUAAAAAUGAUGUCGAUGCCCGAUCUUCCUGUGACUGAGAGCAAGGGGCACGAUGAGCUAUAG